UGUUCUUCAACCUUCCAACGUCCAAAUAAAAAAGAAAACGGAAGGCCCUGCAAAUCUGCCUCAUUGCAUUACCGCGGUACUGCCCGCCUCUCAGCUCUCGCUUCUUUCAAGCUGGAACGAAGCAAACGACGUCGCAGUAGAUUCAGCAUCGGGUGGAGCUUUGUUAGAAUCUGCCAUGAACCGUCCUCCUGCUCAAUUUGCCCACCCAUCCUUCACUCUCAUUCCCUCAAAUCCUAAUCCUAACCCCAACUUCUUCCACUCUCAGCCACAAAACACACAACCUGCAAUCCCCACUCCUCCUUUGCCUCCUCCUGACCUUUCUACCACAAUCUCAUCUCUCGAUACCCUCGUUCGCGACUCUUACCAGACCCUUGACUCACUUUCUGCUCUCCUCCCUCUCCAAAACCCAAAUUAUGACAACCCCCAGAGUUCCCUCAUCCCCUGCCCUUUCAACCCCCACCACCGUGUGCACCCUCACUCCCUUUUCUCCCACUCCCUCCACUGCCCAUCUCAUCCUCACCCUCUCCCGCACCUCAAUUACCCCAAAACUCUCAAAUCCUCUGACCAAUCUCAAACUGAAAAAAGUUUUCUCCAAACUCGUCAUGGCUCAGAGGCUGACCUGUGCUUGUCUUUGGAGGAUUAUUAUGCAGAUUUUGGCUCAAAUUUCUUCUACAGUGACUGCCCUGGUGUUGUUAACUUUUCUGGUCUGGAUGGUGUCAACAGAAUGUUUUCACUUCCAUUGAUUUUGUCUGUUGAGUGUGAAAAUUUUAUCGGUAGAGGAGAGAGAGAAAUUAUGGAUUUUGAGAAAGAGUGGUGUAGAAUUCUUCCAUCUGAGUUGUGGGCUAUUAAAACCGAAGUUGAGGGCUGGAAUGAGUUUCCUUUUACGUACUCGUACCGAGUUCUUUGUGCCAUUUUGGGGUUGGGUGUGGUUAAAGAGUAUGAUGUAGGUACAUGGAUAAUUGCAAAUUCACCACAAUAUGGCGUUGUGAUUGAUGUGGCCAUGAAGGAUCAUAUAGUUUUGCUUUCCAGGCUGUGCUUGAAGGCUAUUUUAAGGGAAGCUUUAAGUAAGGUAAAGGAAGGAGAUCCAGAGAGUACACAUUUUGAGUGUCCCACUUUGGUUCAAGCUUUGAUGUGGCUAGGCUCUCAGCUUUCCAUACUGUAUGGUGCACAGAAUGGGAAAUUAUUUGUCAUAAAUGUCCUUAAGAAAUGCUUAUUAGAUGCUGGACUGGGCUCCUUAACUUUCCCAUUGGAGCAACAGGUGACAGAGUUUCCUGCUUUAGAAGAGGGUUCGUUGAAUUUGGAUGCCAAUGGCAGUGGUGUUAGGGAUGCUGAAGUUAUGAAACCACUAAGUACAGAUGGUGGAGGGAAUAGCAUGGUGAAGGAAAACAUUAUCAGUAGGGUGGUAUUUGUGUCCCAGGUUGCAACAGCCGUUGCAGCAUUGCCUGAGAGGUUCUUGCUAGAAGAAAAACUUAAGGCACAACGGGUUUCACAAACCUUUACUAGAUAUCAACGGAUGGUUGAUCAUGAAUAUGUGUCACAGAGAGCUGAUGAGGAGCGGAAAAACCGAUGUCAGUAUAGACCUAUUAUUGACCAUGAUGGGCUCCCUCGGCAGCAAUCAUGUAACCAGGAAACAAACAAGACUAAGACUAGAGAGGAGUUAUUGGCAGAAGAAAGAGACUACAAAAGACGAAGAAUGUCAUAUCGUGGAAAAAAGGUGAAGCGAACAACUUUGCAGGUUAUGAGGGAUAUUAUAGAGGAGUACAUGGAGGAAAUCAAGCAAGCUGGCGGGAUUGGGUGCUUUGAGAAAGGAAAUGAAGGGGAAGGGAGCUUUCCAUUUGAACUACCAUCAGCUCCUGAAAUCACCACCGAUGCUGAAAAGCCAACAAAAAGCAAUUAUGACACAGCGGGAUGUAGCCCAAGUCGUAGCAGGAAACAGUCUCAUUCUAGUUAUUAUGCUAUUGAUUCUGCAACAUCCAGGGAUGCUUCUGCUAAAGGUAGCGAAAAACCAAGACGGAGUCUUCAGGAACACCAUCACUAUCUAGAAGAUCAUAGAAGUGACGGUAGGGACAGACGUGAUAUGGUGAAACAUUCCAGAAGUCCAGAGAGUCGCAGAAAUCCUGGAUGGUCACACGGACAGACUCGUCAUCACAGGGAACGAGAUGAUCUGGAGGUGAGAAAGACCAAGCACCGUGAAAUCAGUCGGUCAUCUUCUAGCAUAUCCAAGUAUCGUGAUAAUAGAUCAUCUUCUCAGUUGAAUUCGGGUGAGAAUUCAAAAGUUAGAAGGGAUAGGUUAUAUGAGAAUCAUAGUUCAAACUCUGUGGUACAAAAUACUUUUGAGGAUAGAUAUGAUCCUUUAAUAUCUCAUGACAUAUAUGAAGAGGAUCUUUCUACUAACAGAAAAUAUGCUAGAGCGGGCAGAUAUUCUGAAAAGGAGAAAAGUCCUGACUACCAUUAGAAAUCUGAGUGCGAAAUGGCACAAAGUCAUCAGGCUUCAACAAUUUUAACUUCAUCUGUAUCCUCCUUUUGUAUCCUUGACUUUUUUUAUUAUUAUUUAAAUUUCUUCCCUCAUUCUCGUUCUGAAUAUAACAAAACAUUGCUCGUACUGAUUAUUCCCAUAGUCAUCAUGAUUUUUUACCCGCAUCAAUUAGCAUCAUGGUAUCAGUUGACACUGAUAUCCUGUUCUCUGUUUCUUUGCAUUAAAGCCUAAUGUGUCCAAAAUAAUAUAAAUCCUUACGGAAGGAGAGCAAGGUCAUUGGCUUAGAGAGGCCACAGUACAAGAUCUCAAUAUGCAAAUAAGGGUAAACAGGUUUGUUGUUGGAUUGCAGAGCAUAUCAUCAUUAUAUAGAAUUUAUAAUCAUUGUCAUUUUCAUUUGGGAAGCUUUCAUCUCCGUCUCCCUCCCCUGGUUCCUCUUUUUGUAGUUGAAUAACUUGCUUUCUACUCUGGUUUUAUAGUAUACAGCAAUACCUGUCAUGGUUGAAUUUUCUUAUAGGCUUGACCCUUUGCUUGUAGAUACGAGAAUUCCCACAGCUUCUGGUAGAAUGCUAAAGAAGUUCAUGAAGGAUUGCGGAUGAAGCAUGGUACCGGCACUUUGAC